AGCUCUGAGCGGACUGUCAGAAGAACAGGAAGACUACUCUAGAGCUAAAGACGUAAUCGCUUCCCCGCUGUCAUUUAGGGGUUAAAACUUAACUAAACUUGUAGCAGUCAUGGAAACUAAUUUAGGAGACGCGCUCGGGCCAAGUCAUCCGUAACACCAACCCGUCGCCCGUGUUGUGGUCGCCGAACAACUCGUGAAAGUGGGAAGAGUUUUUUUUUUUUUUCUUCCUACGGAGACUUUACCCCAACUGUAGCCAAGCAAGCUAGCCCAGCUAAAGCUAACGUUAGCACAGUUAGUUACCUCAUACUUUGGAGACUUAAAGUUCACAUUGUUAAAGCUUCGGUUUGUGUUACACGUCGAGACUGUUAGAAUAAAGUACUCGUUUGUAUUUUAUAAAAGCAACAGGCUGUUUUCGUACUUUUCGUCCCGAGGACUUGGGGUUGUGCUUUGAAUUUCCCUCCUUCAGUGAUACAUACAGGCGGCUUAGCGAGGGGUUCGUUCGGUAUAGUUGGCUUUCUACCAAAUCAUUAGCAACACUGUGCUAAUUGUGGCUAGUUAGCUAGUAGACUAACUUAGGCCCAAGGGAAUUAACGUUUGGCUUUUUCGCAAGUUAAGAAACAUCGUCGGAGGACACAUUUGCUUUGUUUUGGGUUUUUUUUUUACGUUUUAGUGCGGGGAUAUUACCGCCACAAAGGUUUAUUCUGACACACAAUACAAGGAAACGGAUUAAGUUAUAAAUAUGGAUCCCCCCACGGGGAAUUCUGCCUCAGCUGCUGGUCCCAAGAAGGACAAGAAAUCAAAGAAGAACUAUGAGGAUGGAGACGGGAAAAAGAAAUUUAAACUCAAACGGCUGAUUCCUGACGAGUUGGAGCGUUUCACCAGCAUGAGGAUGAAAAAGGACAAGGAGAAGCCUGGCCAUACGCCCGGUCAGCGACACUCGUCAGCUGCGAACUAUGAGAUAAAUCCUCAGCAAAGUGCUAUGCUGCAUGAUCAUUCUGAUGAAUAUGUCCUGGAACUCUUCGAACAGAUGCUGGUGGAUAUGAACCUGAAUGAGGAGAAGCAGCGGCCUCUAAGGGAAAAAGACAUUAUGAUCAAGCGAGAGAUGGUCUCCCAGUACCUCCACACGUCUAAAGCUGGCCAAAACCAGAAGGAGAGCUCCAAAUCUGCUAUGAUGUACAUCCAGGAGUUAAAGGCAGACUACCGAGACACACCACUGCUCAGCUGUCUGGAAUCUCUGAGAGUCUCACUCAAUAACAACCCUGUCAGUUGGGUGCAGAACUUUGGAGAUGAGGGGCUGGCACUGCUGCUGAAUCUGCUGAGAAGACUACAGGAGGACAAAGACGAGUACCCAAUGAUGGGAGUGAAAUGUCAACACGAGAUCAUUCGUUGUCUAAAAGCCUUUAUGAACAACAAGUAUGGUCUGAAAUCCAUGCUGGAGUCAGAUGAGGGAAUUCCUCUGCUGGUCAGAGCCAUCAACCCCAGGGUACCUCAUAUGAUGGUGGAUGCUGUCAAGCUGCUCUCUGCCAUCUCAAUUUUGGAACAUCCUGAGAACCUUCAUGAGCGUGUUUUGGAGUCCAUUACCGAGGAGGCAGAGAAACGGGACAUUGAGAGGUUUCAGCCUCUCCUUGCUGGCAUGAACAAUCACAACAUUGCUCUUAAGGGUGGCUGCAUGCAGCUGAUCAACGCCUUGAUCAGCCGGGCAGAAGAGUUGGACUUCAGGAUCCAUAUUCGCUCUGAGCUACUAAGACUGGGACUCAGAGAACAGCUGACGGAGGUGCGGAUGAUAGAAAAUGAAGAGCUGAGGGUGCAACUCACGGUGUUUGAUGAGCAGGCUGAAGACGACUCUGAGGACCUCAAAGCACGUCUUGAUGACAUCCGCAUUGAGAUGGAUGAUGUGAGGGAAGUGUUUGACAUCCUUGUCAACACUGUGAAGGACUCCAAGGCCGACGGCCACUUCCUGUCCGUGAUGCAACAUCUGCUGCUGAUCCGUAAUGAUUAUUGGGCCAGGCCUCAGUACUACAAGCUGAUAGAUGAGUGUAUCGCUCAGAUUGUGCUGCACAGGAAUGGAGCAGACCCUGACUUCAAGUGCCGUAACCUCAGCCUCAACAUUGAAAGCUUGAUAGACAACAUGGUGGACCAGACCAAGGUGGAAGUCAGUGCUGCCAAGGCAAAUGAACUGGAGAAGAAGCUGGAUGCAGAAUUGACGGCACGCCACGAGUUGCAGGUGGAGCUGAAGAAACUGGAGGGGGACUAUGAGCACAAGCUGCAGGACUUGAGCCAAGAGAAGGAACAGCUGGCCUCUUCUAAGCUGGAGCGAGAAAAGGAGAACCAGGGACUACAACAACAGCUAAGCACUCUGCAACAGCAGAUUGAAAAGCUGUCUAAAGAUCUGGAAGAGGCGAAGACUAAAGUUGUCACAGUUACUGUUCCUGUGCCAACGCCCGGUUUGCCUCCUCCACCACCUCCCCCUCCUCUCCCUGGCCAGAGUGCAGGUAUUCCCCCUCCACCUCCACCCCCACCCCUGCCAGGCCAUGCAAACAUGCCUGUUCCCCCACCCCCCCCUCCUUUACCGGGUCAUGCCGGUAUUCCUCCUCCUCCACCUCCACCUCCUUUACCUGGCAUGCCAGGACCUCCACCACCUCCACCCCUCCCUGGCAUGCCAGGACCACCACCCCCUCCACCCUUACCUGGAAUGGGACCUCCACCACCUCCGCCACCGCCUGGGUUUCCUGGUAUGCCUCCUCCACCGCCUGGGUGUCCUGGUAUGCCUCCUCCACCGCCAGGCAUGGGAGGCUGGGGUGCCCCCGCACCCGCUGCUCUGCCUUUUGGGCUCCAGCAUAAGAAGGAGUACAAGCCUGAAGUCCAGCUGAAGAGAGCCAACUGGAGGAAGAUUGGACCAGAGGACCUCUCUGAGAACAGUUUCUGGACCAAGGCAAAAGAGGAGAAAUUUGAAAACAAUGAGCUCUUUGCCAAACUCACCUUGGCCUUCUCCUCGCAGACAAAGACCACUAAAGGUAAGAAUAUCACGCACACACUUCCAUUUAGUUCUUUUUCCACACAUCUUCAGCCUUUCUCACCCUCCCCUUCCUCUGCUUGGAGGACACACUGCACAUUUACAUUAUUCAACAACACUGUGUCAAAACAGCAUCACACACAGGUUCAUGAAUAAACCACUCACACCUGUGUUUGUGUAUGUGUUCAUCUUCUCAAUGUGCCCAUGACUUGUUGUGCAGAGACAGAGCACUCACUACCGGGUGAGAUGAAUUGGGACUUGGGGACAGAGGGAGAGAUG